AUGCGAGUAGAGAAAGACUUCGAGCACACCAUCCGGUCCCGCCUUCCAGCACGAGAUGCCUCGACUAGAACCAGGAAGGCACCUCCUGCUCCUCCCAUUCCAGCAGGAAGGUUUCCGCUACUCGCACGAGCUCUGCCUUUGCCUUCAGGAGAGAGUUGUGGUUACUGUGGGUAUCCCACCUCGGGCAAACCGACCCUAAUAGAACCAGGCGGUGGGCAGAGUAGCGCCCAGGCCCCAGCAGCCCAUACAGGGCCCUCCAGCUCACCGGAGAGCUCCCCUUGCACGAGUGUACAUAGUUGCUGCUCAGAGGCUGAGCAGGACCCCCUUCAAACUAUCCAUGGUAAUGUUCACAUUAACGGUACUCCUGUACUCACUUUAUUUAAUUCUGGUGCAACUUUGUCUUUUAUUGAUUCUGCAAUUGCAUUUAGACUAGAAUUGAACACAACUCGGAUACAUGCCCCCUUAGUUGCAGCAUCCCCUAUGGGUAAGUUUAUAGAAACAGACAAGAUGUACAGAGCAUGUCCCAUCACUCUCACAAAUCAUGAAGUGACCGUGGACCUAAUCGUCAUGCCCGUCAGACACUUUGACAUCAUCCUCGGGAUGGGCUGGCUUACAUCAGUGCGUGUAGUCAUGGACUGUCGCGAUAAGACAGUUACUAUAUCUGUCCUCGGGCAGGCCUCUUUCACUUUGAAAGGAAGAGGCAGAUGCCAAGAGUUUGAGAGCUUGCAGGCUCUAGAUGAAGCUGAGACAGUGGAAGCCACUAUCGGACGAAUACUAGUAUUAGUCCGAGACUUUUCUGAAGUGUUCCAAGAGAUACUGGGACUGCCUCCUAGGCGUGUAGUAGAUUUUUGUAUCGUUUUUAAACUAAGAACCGCUCCUAUAUCACUCCCUUUGUCUCGCAUGCCUUCUUGCGAGAUGAAGGAGCUAAGAUGUUAG